CACCAACGAUCCACUGCCAAACCCGAGGGCACGAUUCACGACGCCUGCUACCCAUUGGCCCAGCCCGCCAGCAGGUGCUUCUGCUCACCACCGCCUGUGCUGCUUCUCCGCCCGUCCAAAUCAUAUAUUCCAGCUCCUCCCACGGCCCUCGCCAUGGACGACUAUUCGCACGGCCAUGCACUGCUGACACUGCCGCACGCCCUGCUCCUCCUGCUGCUGGCGCCCGGCCGGGCAGAGGCCUUCCCAUCGCUCACCGAUCCUGCUCUCGCGACCUGUCUCGCGCCUAUAAGAAGCUCAAUAUCUUCAGCUCUCCGCUCUAUCUUCUCCUCAAACUCGGCUCACUCCCUCCGUCCCGUGACGCUCGUGGGCAUGGUCAAAGUUGCGGCCUUCUGUGGCUUCCUUCCCGCCCUCUGGCUAUGGCAUCGCCAGAAGCGACCGGCCUCCAGCGGCUCCCUCAGCGACGUGUCCGACUCAAUUGGAGCUGAUGCCGCCAGUACCGAUCCCGGCCUGCUUAAGAAACACUCCACCAUAAGGUCGUACACGGUGCCAACCACCAAUUUUACCUAUCCGGCAAUCCGCACUUUCUACCGGCCCCACUCCCAAGGCGACAAGCUUCCUCAGACGCCGCGGCCAGUGCCAUUGCUGGUUUUCAUCCAUGGCCUUGGCGGAUCCGUGGCCCAGUUCCAUCCUCUGCUCGUGAGCUUCAUUAACCUUGCGCCAUGUCUGAGCAUUGACCUUCCCGGCUGUGGCGUCUCCCAAUUCACCCCGGCCACCUGGGAGGCAUAUACGACCGAUGCUCUAGUCCGUCUUCUCGCUGUGGUCAUUGAAUCCUAUCGCGACAAAGGACAUGAUCAAGGCGUUGUUCUUAUCGGCCACAGCAUGGGUUGCUCUUUAGCUGCGCUUCUUGCUUCGUCAUCGUCGCCAUAUGCUGAUGCGAUAUCGCGACACGUAGUGGGGCUUGUGGCAGUGUGCCCGAAAGCUACCCCUCCAACCCAAGACCAAGCCAAAAGACUCAAGUUGCUCCUUGCUAUCCCCAAUCCCAUUUUUGACGCUAUGCGAUGGUGGGAUCGCCGAGGUGGUACCGAGAGCAAAAGUGUUGCUAGAUUCGUCGGCCCAGGCGCAGAAGAGGAGGCCAAAAAGCUACAAUUGCGCUUCAAUAUGCAAAGCAAGACCCCGGUUUGGCGACGCAUGGCGCGAGGCAUGCUUCCGGAUUACUCUUCUGGAGCCGCUCAAGGGGGCUUACCCGGAAAGGAAACCUGGUCCGGGCUUCAAAUACCCGUCUUUCUAGCAGCCGGUGAAGCCGACCUUGUCACUCCUGCUAGUGAAUUGAAAGAUAUCGCCUCUUUCCUUGGCAAAGACGUUUCUGAUAGCGGCCGAUCUCCUGCAUCUAAGGCUCAAGUAGUGCCGGAUUCUGCCGCGCCCAUCGACUCCGCGGCCAAGCCUCCGCCCCGCCGCGAGACCAAGCAAGACUCUGGGGUGGAUUCUUCGGAUUUACCCGACUUGACGACUUCUUCGACAUUGUCAUCCACAGGAGAAUGUGACACGGGCUUUGAUUCAUCAAGUACUAUUAGUCCGAUAUCGAGAACCCAUAUCCCAGAGCCUCUUCCUCGUAAGCUUGUACUCAAGACGACCGUCCUUCCCCACCCUGCGUCGCACGCUUUGUUGUAUGCGCCUACUACUUCACGUACUCUUGCUGGCCUCAUCGGGACCUUCCUGUCAACCCACGUGGAUGCCCGUCUAUCGCUCGGAUGGCAGUUGCAGUAUUUGACUACCGAAGGAAAGUGGGAUGUAAAGAAUCUAGCUAAAUGGCAGGCAGUGAAGCCCGUCUCGGAACCGAUCGGGGGCGUCUUCCGUGCCAUGAAGACCCUGCGUGAAGUCGAUGAGCAGCAUUGCCCAAAGGUUUUUGUCGAUGAGUGGAAAACAAAGAUUGCAGUGGUAGUCGACAUCAGCCACGAGAGCCCAGUGUAUGAUCCGGCAGGUCUCGAAGCUGGGGGCAUCAUGUACCGCAAAUUUCCCACCGUGUCUAAACUUCCACCCACUGUGGACGAGGUCAAUGCCUUCAUUGCACUCAUCGACCAGCUUCGCUCUGAGCCUGGAGCGGCCGGGGCAGAAUCUGCGGCUGCUGACGCACAGGCUACAUCUUCGUCAGCUCCACUCUCUACGGCCGCAGUCUCUGGUACUUCUCAGGCUACUCCAACAACACUACCCACCGAAGCAAAGGCCAUAUCGCUUUCAGCAUCCCCUCCAGGAGAUUCAGUCUUUGCCUCAGGAAAGCAAGGUUUGAUUGGAGUACACUGUCACUACGGCUUCAACCGCACCGGCUUUUUUCUUGUCUGCUACCUCGUCGAGCGCUUAGGCUACAGUCUUCCUGCGGCCCUUCGGGAGUUUGAGACAGCGCGCCCGCCGGGAAUCAGACACGAGCAUUUCAAGGAUGCGCUAUAUGUCCGAUAUUGCAUGGGUUUGAAGCGAGCACCGACAUUAUGAUUAAAUGCUGCUCUCCUAGUCACUUCUUUAUUGAGCUAACAUUUCUCUUUCAAAUAGAAAGACAACA